GCAGGGCGGGCAGCCGGGCACGCAGGGCAGGGCAGGGCAGGGCAGGGCGGGCGGCCCCGGCGCGGUGCGGGGGCGCAGGAGGUGCGGCGCGCUGUGCGGGGCCCUUGUUGAUGAUGAUUUUUUUUUUAAUCACAGCAGCCCCAGUUUAGCGGAUUGAUUUACUCGCAGUAUUGGUAAAUAUGAUCACGUGGGCUCCGCAACCAAUGGUUGAGGGUUGCAGUCUGCAAAAUACUACGAUUGUUCUCCGGGAGGGUAUCAUAUACAGUUAACAGUGUAACCUUUUAUAUGACUAAGAGGGGAGCCUAAAAUGUCGUCUAGUGGCACCAUAAGUAACUAUUAUGUCGAUUCUCUCAUAGGCCAUGAAAGCGAAGAAGUUUAUGGGAGUAGAUUCGUCCAGGGAGGUCACAGUGCGACCUCCAGGCCAUCAGGUGUUGCAGAGGGUUCAGAUUUUUCCUCUUGUAGCUUUGCACCAAAAUCCACCGUGUUUUCCACCUCCUGGUCCACUGUUCACCACCAGCCGUCUGCGGCAAUGACCGGGAUCUACCACCCCUACAUGCACCAGCCCCACUUAGGGGCAGCCGACGCCGGCCGCUACGUGCGCUCCUGGAUCGAGCCCUUCCCGGGCUUCCCGGGCGGCGGCGGCGGCGGAGGCAGCGGCGGCAGCGGCAGCGGAGGCAGCGGAGGCAGCAGCAGCGGCGGCUCCGCGUCCAGCUCCGGCUCCUCCAACGGGCGCCACUACGGGAUAAAGCCGGAGACGGGAGCAGCCGCCUCCUCGUCUUCCUCCUCCUCUUCCUCCUCCUCCAAAAGGACUGAGUGCUCCUCGUCUCGGGAGUCCCAGGGGAUCGGUGUGCCCGAGUACACGUGCAGCUCCUUCCUCCAGGAGUCCCGGGAGAAAGCGCCUGCCGGCAGCUCCAAGGACCCCGCCGCCUGCAGCCACAACCCCAGCCCAAGCAGCGAUCUGAAAGAGGAGAAGCAGCAGCAACUUGACCCAAAUAACCCUGCAGCAAACUGGAUCCACGCUCGUUCAACGAGGAAAAAGCGUUGUCCCUACACAAAGUAUCAAACUCUGGAACUGGAAAAGGAAUUUCUGUUUAACAUGUACCUCACCCGAGACCGCCGUUACGAAGUAGCUAGGAUUUUAAACCUCACAGAGAGACAGGUCAAAAUCUGGUUUCAGAACAGAAGAAUGAAAAUGAAAAAGAUGAACAAGGAGAAAGGCAAUAAAGGAGACUAACACUGGGGCAAAAAUGUAGUUGGGGGACUAUUGAUUUACAUUUGAGUUUGGAUUUUUAUAGGGGGAGUGUGGGUUUUGGGGUUUGGGGGUUUUUUGUUUGUUUUGGGUUGUGGCUGCUUGUUUUUAUUUGGUUGUGUGGGGGUGCUUUUUGGUUGUUUGGUUGGUUGUGUUUGUCCGGUUUUUUUUUUUUUUUUUUUUUUUUUUUUUUUUUUUUUUUUUUUUUUUUUUUUUUUUUUUUGUGAUAGUUUGGUUUUAUUCUUCCCUUGCACCCUUAGCCCCCCCAUCCGUUCCUCCUCCUCCUGCAUCACUCCACCCCAGGGACUUUACAUCAAUCUUUUUAUUCUCUUUCUCUCUCUCUCCCUCUUUUUUUUUUUUUUUUUUUUUUUUUUUUUUUGGUAGAAGUGAAACGUGGUCUGUGUCAGGUAUUGCAGGAAAUUUUGUCUUGCUCGACAACGUGUUUUUCAGAGUCUCUUGAUACUCCCCUCCUCCCUCCCAGACCAUUUAGAUGACAAUAUUGUAAGUGCACGUUAGCUUUGGAAACACUAUCUGAUGUUAAUUGUUUGACAUGUUUCUUAAAAGUGAUGUAGACUAGAUAGUUAUUUUGCCAAAAUAAAGGUAAGGAAAUUAAUUAUAAUUAUGGUAAUAAAAUAUAUAUUAAAUUACAGUCGCUUAAAUCAAUGGGGGUUGCUGUGCUGUCCACGACCUACUAAGAGGAAAUCUUUCCCCAAACUUCUGCUUUCUAGAUCUGAAUCCUUCGCAAUAGAUGCCACAGAGAGGCCACGAGCUACUUUCCCCCCUUUAGUGCACUGUUAGGAGGCUGUCUCAUCCUCGGAGCCGCUCGCCACAGGCCUAACGCCUCCCGGUCCCCCGGCUAGCUGCCGUCCCUGCCCCCGGUGACUGUUGUAUUAAUUAACCACUCCGUGUCUCGAGCUACGGACCUGUUGUAAUUGUUGUCAGUUAUUACACAAUAAAGUCUGCCGUGACCGAACCUCA